AUGUCGUUUCAACUCUCCAUUGACCCCGUUAGACCCGCAGAAUUCCCUGUUGAGGAAACUAUCAUUGAGCUUGGUCGUCAAGUAUUAGAGUCCAUCGAUUCUUGGAAAGUAGGCAAGACCUUUUCAAAAGGCACUGUCCGAACGCUUUCUCGUGCAAAGGGACCAGGAGGCGGAGCCCCUUGGCAUUGCAGAGUUUCCAAUCACACCAAGGAGGAUGCGACGUUCGAUGAGUUUUGGAGCAAAAUUGGCACUAACAAAGCUGAGAACGAGAAGGAGUUCAUCUCUGCGAUCAAGAAAGUGACGCUAGUCAAGCGAAUCUCAGAGACUCAGUCCAUCUGGACGAUGUACUACACUUUCCCUCCCCCCGUUUCUCCGCGUGUCUUCACUGUGUUGCAAACAAUACACUUUCACGAGUCAGCUCCAAGAACUGGUUUGGUGGUUUCAAUUCCAGUUGAUUUGUCUGGGCCAGGUGAUGAAGAUCUUGCCAAGCUUGAAGAGAAAGGCACAAAGGGACGAUAUGUCUCCGUCGAACGCUUGCUCGAGUUGGAUGACGGCAAAGUAGAGUGGCGAAUGGCGACGUCCAGUACACCUGGAGGAAGUAUUCCGACUUUCAUCACGGAGGGCAGUAUGCCAGGCCAAAUAUCUGCGGAUGUUCCACACUUCUUAAAGUGGUUCCAUACCGUUCGCAAUCAAGGAACUGCGUAA